UUAAAAAAAAACAUUUAUGAUUAGUUUCUUUAAUAAUUAAAAGUAUAAGACUAUUGAGUACUGUUUGAGGAGUUUGGAACGUUUUCUUAUACAAAUCAAAGAAGAGAGUGGAAGAAACAAGUGUUUGAGAAUGAGCAUAGUUGUUGAAGUUAUGGUUGCUCUUGUAGCAGUUUUGGUGGCACUGAUCCAUUUUUUACAUGUUUUAGUUUUGAGACUAAGAUCAUUAAGAGCAAAGCUUCAUAGACAGGGUAUUCAUGGACCUUCUCCUGAUUUUUACUUUGGUAAUAUUAAAGAGAUGAAGACACUUUUACUCCAACAACAAACACAAGUCAAACAAAUCAAACAAGAACAUGAAGAUGAAGAUGUUUGUGCUUCUAUAUCUCAUAGUUGGACUUCAACUGUUUUUCCUCAUAUUCACAAGUGGAGAAAACAAUAUGGUCCCACAUUCUUGUACUCUACUGGGAGUAUACAAUGGUUAUUGGUGACAGAUGUGGAAAUGGUGAAGGAAAUCCUCUUAAACACCUCUUUCAAUCUAGGGAAACCUUCUUAUCUUUCCAGAGAUAUGGGUCCACUCCUUGGCCAAGGUAUAGUAUCAUCAAGUGGUCUGAUUUGGUCUCAUCAGAGGAAGAUAAUCGCGCCUGAAUUGUACCUAGACAAGGUGAAGGCAAUGGUUGAUCGAGUAAUUUACUCCACAAACAUACUGAUAAGAUCUUGGGAGAGUAGAAUAGAAAGAGAUGGAGUAGUUUCAGAGAUUAAAGUUGAUGAAGAUCUGCGAAGCUUGUCAGCUGACAUAAUUGCUAGAGUUAGUUUUGGGAGCAAUUAUGUCGAAGGAAAAGAAAUAUUCACAAAGCUUAGAGAUCUUAUAAAACUCCUCUCCAAGAUAUAUGUUGGAAUUCCGGGCUUUAGAUACUUACCAAACAAAAGCAAUAGACAGAUAUGGAGAUUAGAGAAAGAGAUAAACUCAAAUAUAUCCAAGCUCGUAAAACAACGCCAAGAGGAAGGUCAUGAACAAGAUCUCUUGCAAAUGAUACUUGAGGGUGCAAAAAAUUGUGAGGGCAGUGAUGGCUUCUUUUCAAAUUCAAUCUCACAAGACAGAUUCAUUAUAGAUAACUGCAAAACUAUAUUCUUUGCGGGACAUGAUACUACUGCAAUUACAUCAUCUUGGUGCUUAAUGUUGUUAGCUAAAUACCAAGAUUGGCAAGAUCGUGCUCGUGCAGAGGUGCUUGAAGUAUGCGGAAAUGGUAAUCCAGAUGCAAGUAUACUUAGAACCAUGAAAACGUUAACCAUGGUGAUUCAAGAGACUUUGAGGCUUUAUCCACCAGCAGUAUUUAUCACCAGAACAUCAUUCCAAGAUAUUAAUUUAAAAGGUAUCAAAGUUCCAAAAGGAAUUAAUAUGCAGAUUCCAAUUGCGAUAUUGCAACAAGACAUUGAUAUCUGGGGGCCCGAUGCACACGAGUUCAAUCCUGAAAGAUUUGCAAAUGGUGUGCUUGGAGCCUGCAAGAUUCCACAAGCUUAUAUGCCAUUUGGAAUCGGUUCCCGUGUCUGUCCUGGACAGCAUUUAUCCAUGAUAGAAUUGAAGGUGUUUUUGUCGCUCAUCCUGUCAAAGUUUCGCGUCUCUCUUUCGUCAAGUUACUGUCAUUCACCGGCCUUUCGUUUGCUGAUAGAACCUGGUCAUGGAGUUGUUCUCAAUAUGACAAGAAUUUAGUUGAGCAACAAUUUAACUAAAAUGAUUUUCCCCUUGUUCAUUGGGGUUCCUUUUUCAUUGUUCUUGCAAAGGUUGAGAAAUCAGACCGUCGAUUUUAUUUCAAAUGGAUAAUAAGAACAUUAUUUCUACCUAUGACUUAUGAACCAUUUGCACUCUCUUUUGAA